AUGGUGAGUUUACGGUAUUUUUCCAAACAAAAAAAUAGAAUAAAUUUUUUAGGCGUUUCACUGGCAAUCAAAAGUGAAUGUCCAACAUGCUGGAGUCGAUGAUAUGGUUUUGCUAACAAAAUUAUCAGAACAAAGUAUUGUUGAAAAUUUGAAGAAACGAUUGCAGGCCAACAGUAUUUUUGUGAGUUUUUUUUUAUUUUUGGAAGAAAAAAUGACGUGAAGUGAUUUUCUGAAAUUGAAGUUUAUCACCUGAAUACUUUUUGGCUGUUUUUUCCUUUGUCAAACAUUAACCCUCUAAACUUUCAGACAUACAUUGGCCCUGUUCUUAUUUCUGUAAAUCCAUUCAAACAAAUGCCAUAUUUCACUGAAAAUGAAAUGUUGUUAUAUCAAGGAGCUGCACAAUAUGAAAAUGCUCCACAUAUUUAUGCACUAGCUGAUAAUAUGUAUAGAAAUAUGUUAAUUGACAGCGAAUCACAAUGUGUUAUUAUAUCUGGUGAAUCGGGCGCCGGAAAAACUGUCAACGCCAAAUUUAUCAUGAAUUAUAUUUCGCGAAUUUCGGGAGGAGGACAGAAAGUUCAGGUAAUUUUUUAAAAACUUUUUCGGCUUCAAAAUAUAAGGGUUUCUAAAAAUAAUUGAGCUCGUUUAAAGCAGAACAGCGGAUAUUUGUUCAAAACUAUUUUUGUGGUCGCGUUUUUUUUUAUUUUUAAAAUAAAAAUUUUUUUAAAAACGUGACACCUUUCUCAAAAACCCUCAUUUUUCUUUUUUUUUUUCCAUUUUGCAUUUUCUAUUUUUGCAGCAUAUUAAAGAUGUAAUUCUUCAAUCAAAUCCAUUAUUAGAAGCAUUUGGAAAUAGUGCAACAGUUCGAAAUUGGAAUAGUUCGAGAUUCGGAAAAUAUGUUGAAAUCGUUUUCAGUCGAGGAGGAGAACCGAUUGGUGGAAAACUAUCCAAUUUUCUUUUGGAAAAAUCGCGAGUUGUAUUUCAAAAUGAAGGCGAUCGAAAUUUUCAUAUAUUUUAUCAACUUUGCGCGGGCGUUGAUAAAAAUUUGAGAAGUAAUUUGGGAAUUGGAGAAUUGAAAUAUUAUAAUUAUUUGAAUAUGAGCGGAGUUUUCAAAGCAGAAGAUACAGAUGAUGGAAAAGAAUUUGAAAAUACAUUGAAUGCGAUGAAAGUUGUUGGAAUAUCAGAUCAAGAACAACUUGAAGUACUUCGAUUAGUUUCAUCUGUUUUGCAUAUUGGAAAUAUCACAUUUACUGAAGAGAAUAAUUUUGCAAGUGUUGCUGGAAAAGAUUAUCUCGAAUUUCCAUCAUUUUUACUCGGUUUGCCAGCAAAUUCGAUUGAAGCAAAAUUGACGGGAAGAAAAAUGGAAUCGAAAUGGGGAACACAAAAAGAAGAAAUUGAAAUGAAAUUGAAUGUUGAACAAGCAAAUUAUACAAGAGAUGCUUGGGUUAAAGCAAUUUAUGCUAGAAUGUUCGAUUAUUUAGGUUAGUUUUGAUGUUUUUUCUUGCAGAGAUUGAGAUAAAAUCUGGGAAGAUCUAAAAAUUAGAAGCUACAGUAUCUUCGAAUUCAGAAAUGUUUCCACACUGAAAAAUGUUUUUAAAAAAUUUGUUCGAUAUUUUUUUCGAAAGUUCAAAGCCAAAUUUUGAUAGAAUCUUCCUAAUUGAAAAAUGUUUUCAGUCAAAAAAAGUGAACGAAGCAAUGAAUGUUCAACAAUCGUCUUCAUCUGAUAAUUUUUCAAUUGGAAUUCUCGAUAUUUAUGGAUUCGAAAUUUUCAAAAACAACGGCUUCGAACAAUUUUGCAUCAAUUUUGUCAAUGAAAAACUCCAACAAAUUUUCAUCGAAUUGACUUUGAAAGCGGAACAAGAAGAAUAUGUGAGAGAAGGUAUCAAAUGGACUGAAAUUGAGUAUUUUGAUAAUAAAAUUGUGUGCGAUUUGAUUGAGACGAAAAGACCACCAGGUUUGUUGGAAUUUUUUUGGGGGGUUUCGGGAGGGCGUCAGAAAAUUUGUUUGUUUCUCGACAGAAUUUUAUAAUCAAAAAUCUUAAAGACCAGCAGAAAAGUUCAAACUUUCAAAACGAAAGUUUUGUUUUCAACUUCAAAAAAACUUUCAUAAUUUUUUUAAUUCAAAAUAUUCCGAAGUUUUUUGUUCUACUUCUAGAUUGUCUGAAUACAAAACUAAAAAAUCAAAUUUGUUCCAAGAAAAUAAGAUUUUUUGAAACAUAAAGAAUUUGGAUUUUUAUUCUGGUUGAACAAUUCAAAAAUCAUCUCGAUUCAAAUUUUUAUCAACAUUUUCUUUAGUUUCAAAAGUUUAAAUAUUUCAAAUAUUCAGGAAUCAUGAGUUUAUUGGAUGAUACUUGUGCCCAAAAUCAUGGUCAAAGAGAAGGUGUUGAUAGACAAUUACUAACAACUUUAUCAAAAUCUUUCAAUUCUCAUCCACAUUAUGCACCUGGUUCCGAUUCAUUUCUUAUUCGACAUUAUGCUGGAGAUGUUACUUAUAAUGUUGAUGGAUUUUGUGAUAGAAAUCGAGAUGUUUUGUAUCCGGAUUUGAUUUUAUUGAUGCAACAAAGUGAAAAGUAAGAUAUUCGAAAAACUUGUUUAUUUUUUAAUCUUUCAUUUUCAGUCCAUUUAUUCGUGCACUUUUCCCUGAAAAUGUCGCUUCUUCGGCUGGAAAACGGCCAACAACAUUUUCCACAAAAAUUCGAUCACAAGCAACAACUUUAGUUGAAUCACUUAUGAAAUGUACACCACAUUAUGUUCGAUGUAUUAAACCAAAUGAAACAAAAAGACCAAAUGAUUGGGAUGAAAGUCGAGUUAAACAUCAAGUUGAAUAUCUUGGGCUCAAAGAAAAUAUUCGAGUACGACGAGCUGGUUAUGCAUUCAGAAGGGCUUUUGAUAAAUUUGCAAAUCGAUAUGCAAUUAUAUCUGAGAAAACAUGGCCGAAUUAUAAUGGAGAUCCACAAAGAGCAUGUGAAAUUAUUUGUGAUACUGUGCAUAUUGAUAAAACACAAUAUCAAAUGGGUAGAUCAAAGAUUUUUAUCAAAAAUCCAGAAUCUGUGAGUUUCCACGUUUUAUCUUCAGGGGGAAUAUGGUAGUAAGAUUUUAAUUAACAAGAGACCUGUUUCAAUUUUCACUUGAGAUAAUUGAGUUAUGAAAAAUCGUAACACCAAAGUUAUAAUCCAAAUUGUUUCAGUUAUUUUUACUCGAAGAAACUCGUGAACGGAAAUACGAUUCAUUUGCUCGUGUAAUUCAAAAAGCUUGGAGACAAUUUUCUGCUCGCAAACAACAUAUAAAACAAAAAGAACAAGCUGCUGAUUUGAUGUUUGGAAAAAAAGAGAGAAGAAGAUUCUCGUUGAAUCGGAAUUUUGUUGGAGAUUAUAUUGGAUUGGAACAUCAUCCUGCAUUACAAUCAUUGGUUGGAAAAAGACAACGAGUUUUAUUCGCUGCGUCGGCGAGUAAAUAUGAUCGAACAUUUAAAGUGAGUGGAGGAUAAUUGAUACUUAAAAAAAAAUAACUACUGAUGUUGAUUACAGGUUUCGAAAUUGGAUGUUUUGUUAACAGCAAAUCAUUUGACAUUUAUUGGAAGAGAAAAAGUCAAAAAAGGAACGGAUAAAGGAAAAAUUGUAGAAAUCAUCAAACGACAAAUCGAUCUUCAAAAUAUCAAAGCAAUUGGAUUAUCUCCAUAUCAAGAUGAUUUUGUUGUUGUUUAUAUUAACGAAGAUUAUACAUCACUUAUUGAAUUCCCAUUCAAAACUGAAUUUUGUACCGCUUUGACGUGAGUUUUGAAUUAAAUUUUUUUUCGAAUUUCUGAAUUUUCAUUAGAAAAAAAGCUUAUUUCAGAAAAGCAUACAAAGAAAAAACGAAUGGUGGACACCUGAAUCUAGAUUUCCGAACAACUCAUACAAUCACAUUGAAAAAGACACGAUUUGGCGGUGGAACGCGAACUGUUCAAUUCGACUGUGAUGGAUCAUCAAUUGCUCAAAAAACACUUAAAUCGGCUAGUAAAACGCUCAAUGUUACAAUUGGAAAAGGAUUACCAAACACAACAAGACCAUCGACUGAAAGACCACAAGGUGGAUAUACACCAAGAAGAGAUCAAUUACGAACAUCGACUAGAAAAACGAAUAAAACUCAACAACACCAUAAUCAACAUCAGAAUAUUCAACCACCAAGACCGGUUCCACCACAUUCAGCAACAACAACAAAUAAUUAUUCGUCUUCAAACAAUAAUUAUAAUCAGAAUCAGAAUAAUCAUCAAGAACAACAAAGAAUUCCGGUGAUGCCAAAUGUUAUUAAUCAGUUGAAUCAAAUGAAUUUGGCAAAUGUUAACAAUAAUUCAGCGCCACCAGCACGUGGUCCAAAACCACCGCCACCGGCAAAACCAAAAUUGCAUCCGGUUGUUAUUGCAAUGUAUCCAUAUGAAGCACAGGAUACUGAUGAAUUAACAUUUGAUGCUGGAGAUGAAAUUGAAUUGAUGAAUAAAGGUUGGUUUGGUCAAACAUUUUCUCCUAUGACAGAUUGAACAUUUCAAUUUAUCCUAUUACUUUCAAAAUUCUGAACAAAGCCAAAUUUCAAUGAGAAAAUUUUUAUUGCGAAAUUUUGUAGAAAAAACUGUAAAUUUUACCAUUUUCCUAAAAACUCAAGUUAUCAAAAACUGAAUUUUUAAAUUAAAAGUGAUCAUUUCAAUUUGUAAUCUCACAAAUAAACCAUGCUUCUAACUUUAAUUUCAAAUAUUUUCAGAUGCAUCUGGUUGGUGGCAAGGUAAAAUUGGAGCGAAAAUUGGUCUGUUUCCUGGAAACUAUGUCAAAGAAUAA